CGCUUUAGCUGCAGUAAGACAGUUUUCCUAAAGCCAACAACACCGUUUAGAACAAAUUAAAGCUUUAAACACAGACAACAACAUGCAUUUUGGAGCUCAAAUGUUUUUUUUUUGUUUUUUUUUGUAAUAUACAUUAACAGUUGGUUUGAUUUUAAUUGCAAUUUUAUCUCCGAGGGCACUGAGAUUUGAUUUGUCCUCAGGAGAGAGUGGAGCGGCUAGACACUAACACACAGACUUUCUUCAACCAAGAAGGGUGACACAACUCAACUUCUCCACUUACACACUCUUUCGUGUCGUCCAAGAUCAUCAUCUGUCAGGCUGUGUGCGUGUGGAGAUCAUGUGGAGGAAGGCGGUGCUGGUGGCGGUGUUGGCGUUGGGGAUGGGGUAUCUGUACCACACUGACCCACAGAUGCCCACCCGCAUGCUGGACUACAUCAGCGAAUCCCUGCCGCAGAUGGAGCCCCGCCCCCCGGCGCUGGAGGAGGCCAUCGCUCACAGCUGGCAGACCCUGAUCACGGCUCCGGCCCGACGCUGGGCGAGAGUGGCAGUGGGGGUGAAUGCCUGUGUGGAUGUGGUGGUGUCCGGGGUGGGGCUGUUGCAGGCGCUCGCUCUCGAACCCGGAUCCGGAAGAGACCACGAGGUCCUACACACCAAAGAGGACCUGAAAGAGGCCUUUGUCCACUACAUGGGGAAGGGUGCCGCCGCAGAGCGCUUCUUCUCAGAUAAAGAGGUUUUUCAAAGGAUUGCACGGGCGGCUGCAGAAUACCACGGCGCUCAGCUCUAUGUGGGUGGAAAUGCUGCUCUUAUUGGUCAGAAACUGGCGUCUAACCCAGAACUCGUGGUCCUCUUGUGUGGUCCGGUAGGGCCGAAGCUUCAUGAUAUGCUGGAUGAACAGAUCGUAGUCCCGCCCGAAUCUCUGCAGGAGACCGAUGAGUUCCACCUCAUCCUGGAGUACAAGUCAGGCGAACAGUGGGGUUCUGCACGAGCGCCUCAAGCGAACCGCUUUAUCCUGUCUCAUGACGUGUCCAAUGGUGAAAUGAGCACGCUGGAGACAUUCGUGGCCAGUCUGGAGGACUUCCAGCCGGACCUGGUGGUUCUGUCCGGUCUGCACAUGAUGGAAGGGAUGGGCCGGGAUCUUUGGGAGGAACGACUGAAAGAGGCGGUGGUUGCCAUCUCGGAUGUGAGGAACGAGGUGCCCAUCCACCUGGAGCUGGCUAGUAUGACGGACAGGGACUACAUGAACCGGAUCCUGCAGGAGCAGGUCAUGCCCAUCGUGAACUCUGUCGGUCUGAACGAACAGGAGCUGCUGUUUUUGGCUCAGUCUGGAGGCGGGCCUCACGCUGACCUCACUUCCUGGGACGGGAUACCUGACGUGGGCCGGGUCAGCGACAUCCUGCUCUGGAUCCUGGAGCAGCACGGCCGGGCGGAUCCACAAUCUGAGGCCGAUCUGACCCGGAUCCACUUCCACACGCUAGCGUACCACAUCCUGGCUACGGUGGAUGGCCACUGGGGGAACCAGGAGGCGGCGGUGUCCGCGGGCGCACGUGUGGCCAGCAGUCAAGCCUGCGGUCUGCAAGACGUGGAUAUCACAAAGGUGAUCCUCAAGGCACCUUUGACCUUCCACAGCUCGUUCUCCGAGCCGAGGGAGAGCCUAGCGGUGGACCCGAGCCGACCGGUCACCGUGUGGAGCAGAGGGAACGUCUCGUUCCAUCUCACACCGGUCCUGGUGUGCAAACACCCGCUCAGGACUGUGGGAUUGGGCGACGCCAUAUCAGCCGAAGGCCUUGUGUUCUCAGAGCUCACGCCCCGGCCCGAGCUCUAAGAGACGUCUCUCUCCGUCCAUCCUUCUGAAGACACGUCCUCGCCGUUAGAUCCUAACGCUGGAGAAACAGACUCGGAGGGCGUCAAACUACAGGAUGCUUUCAAAGCGAGCUUCGGAUGCACUGUUGUACUUUUGUCUGAAAUCGCAUUUCGUGAAAAAACGCACUGAAUGCAAUGACAUCAAACCAGCGUUUGAACCAAAAAUGAACGUUCGGCUCAUCAUCCGCUCAACACUGAAUCGAAACGACCGUCUUAUAAACACAGUACAGUGCAGAAGUCACAUGGUUUUAGCGAAGUAUAUGAUGACUACUAAUGAGUUUUUACUAUGAUUAGAGAUCAGACAGACCUGAAAGUGAAUUUUAGAGUCUUAAACAUCUCAAAUCUCCAUUAAGACGCUUUUAUUUGGUGUAUGAACAUUAAUACGUAAGCGGAACCGGAUGCACUUCAGGUUUAGAUCCAGUCUAGUUAACGUGAAGCUCUCUUAUCCUAAUGAAGCAGAAGUGAUUAAAGCAAUGUUCAUGGGGUUAAACUAAAGUCUAAAUAAUUCCUGAAUAGUAGUUUAGAUCACGCGCUUCCCUGAGGCUAUUAUUCCAUGCACAUAUUACUAAGUACUAUUCGUUACUCUUGUCUUAAACGUAUCUAAAUGUUGUUAAAGCUGUAGGUUUUUGUCAUCAUUUGUAUAUAAAUAGAAGAGAAAUCGUAAUAUUCUUCCAUUCAUUCUGCAGGUGUGAAUCAUGAUGCUUCCUGGUUACACUUCAUGAAUCUGUACAUACAAAAGAUGUUACUUUUUCUUAUUAGUCAUGCAUUUCCUUCCAAACAUCUUUGACGUAUGAUUUUGAAUGUUUUAUUUGGGACGUACUAAUUAAUCUCGAUAUGUGAAUUGCUAUCAGUCUUAAACCAGCAUUAAAGCCCAUCUGAGGCUUUUUAACGAAUGCAUAGUUUUAGAAGUGUUGAGCAGUGUUUGUAAAGCAGUUUAAACAUGAAUGGUUUACACACAAUGUGUUUGUGUUUCUUGAAUAAGGAAAGAUUCGGAUCAUGAACCUCCUGUAUUUCUGUUACACUCCAUAUUGAUGCGGUUAGUUUCUCAAACCAACGAAAGACUUCUAGCAUUAUUGGAUUUUACAUCCUUCAUCACUGUAUUUAGAUUUGGAAUAACACAGUAGAUGUUGAGUCAUGGUGUGAGAAACUAACAGAAACUUUUAGACUGUAUGAAAUGUUUUAUGGUUCUAGUUUGCACUCGUUAUUAUGCAGCAAAUUCUUUAAGGGUUACUGGGAAAAACAUCCUUCAAUCUUAAACAUAACUACUAGAAAUAUUAGAUCUGUUAACUUGAGUAUGGAAUAUUUUUGUAUUAAUAAAACACUUCUGUACCAGGUA